AGCGUCUAGUGACACACACACGCACACACACAGCCGGGGAAGAUGGUCGCGGUGCAGACGUCCCCUAAUUCGUCCCCAUCGGCGGAGUGGAUCUGCUGCCUGGAUAAAAGGCCUGCGGAGCGCUCGGGAGAGGACGUGGAUAUUAUUCUGACCCGAUUAAGAGAGGUCAAAGCCUUCCAGAGGUUCCCACCUCCGCUCCUACUGCAGAUCUGUGCCUGUGCCUUUUAUGAAUGCCUGGAGAAAGGCAUCACGUUGUUUCGACAGGGAGACAUUGGCACCAGCUGGUAUGCAGUCCUUUCUGGCUCCCUGGAUGUCAAAGUGUCAGAAACCGCUAACCACCAGGAUGCAGUCACAAUCUGCACGCUGGGGAUUGGGACAGCCUUUGGGGAGUCGAUCCUGGACAACACGCCGCGCCAUGCUACCAUUGUCAGCAGAGAGACCAGCGAGCUGCUCCGGAUCGAACAGAGGGAGUUUAAGACUCUCUGGGAGAAGUAUCGUCAGAGCCUGGCUGCACUGUUGGCCCCUCCUUAUGGAGCCAUGGAGAGUGGAUCCAACAAUGACAGACUCACAGACAAAGACAACAUGAAUUCAGACUCUGCAAACAAAGCUCACAACAAGAUCCCCUCAGAGAAGCUGCAGAGAGCUGGAAAGGUUCUCCGCAACGCCAUCCUGUCCAGAGCCCCUCACAUGAUUCGAGACAGGAAGUAUCACCUGAAGACAUACAGACAGUGCUGUGUAGGCACAGAGCUGGUGGACUGGCUGGUGCUGCAGAGCGCCUGUGUGCUCACUCGCUCCCAUGCUGUCGGGAUGUGGCAGGCACUACUAGAAGAAGGGGUGCUAAAUCAUGUGGACCAGGAGCUCGGUUUCUAUGACAAAUACCUCUUCUACCGUUUUCUUGACGAUGAGGAGGAGGACACACCGUUACCUAGUGAGGAGGAGAAGAGGGAAAGUGAGGAAGAGCUGCCGGAGACCAUCCUCUUUCUUGCCCAGAUUGGCCCUGAUGCACUGCUGCGCAUGAUCCUCAGGAAAUCGCCUGGUCAGAGAACAGGCGAUGACCUAGAGAUCAUCUAUGACGAGCUGCUUCACAUCAAGGCCUUAGCUCACCUCUCCAACACUGUGAAGCGGGAGCUGGCGAGUGUGGUGAUCUUUGAGUCACAUGCAAAAGCUGGAACUGUGUUGUUUAACCAAGGAGAAGAAGGCACAUCAUGGUACAUCAUCCUGAAGGGCUCCGUUAAUGUGGUUAUCUAUGGAAAGGGUGUGGUGUGCACACUUCACGAGGGUGAUGACUUUGGAAAGUUGGCCCUGGUUACAGAUUCGCCUCGGGCUGCAUCCAUCGUCCUGAGAGAGGACAACUGUCACUUCCUGCGUGUGGAUAAGGAAGACUUCAACAGGAUACUCAGGGAUGUGGAAGCUAACACGGUGCGUUUGAAAGAGCACGAUCACCCUGUGCUGGUGUUAGAAAAGAGUCCUCGAGCCUCCACACUGGGAAACAUAAAGUAUGUGUUUGGGUGUAUACACACUGUACCUAAAAGUACUUUAAAACUGUGUUUGCAGUAUAUGUGUAUUCCUCUCUAUUUUAUUAAAAAUGUUUGGGUUUUUUAUGUGAUCCUUGGUGAUCUUGGCAGGUACACUGUGAUAUCAGGAACUCCAGAGAAGAUUCUUGAGCACUUCUUGGAGACGAUGAGGAUGGACAUACAUCACAGUGACCCAGACCCAGCAGUGGAUGAUUUUGUCCUCAUGCACUGUGUCUUCAUGCCCAACAGCCAGCUGUGCCCUCUGCUCCUGUCACAGUACCAUGUGACAUCGCCGCCUGGCUCUGAACAGGAGAGGUUGGAGUAUGCACUCAACAGUAAAAGGAGAGCCCUGAUUAUGACCCUGCGCUGGGCAAACGCACAUACCUACCUGCUACAAGAGGAACCUGCUGCGAUCUUUUUCCUGGAGGAGUUGUAUGGAAGUCUAUCCAAUGACUCCCGGAUGCUGAGAGCUUUGAAAGAUUUGGUACCUGACCUGGAGAAAGUCGUCAAAUUGCACUCCGAAGAGGCCAAAGCAACAAAAAAGAAGACCCUAAUACGACAGUUCAGCAACGGAGAGGAAAGGCUGCAGAAGAAACAGCCAAUUAGAAAUCAAGAUGACAUCCUAUUGAAGGUGUACUGCAGCGAUCACACCUACACUACAAUCAGGAUUCCCGUGGCGGCGACGGGACGAGAAGUGAUCAGUGCCGUGACGGACAAGCUCGGCACUACCGAUGAGCUCCUGCUGGUCCACCUCAGCUCUGCGGGUGAAAAACAAAUCUUGAAGCCAAAUGAUGUAUCGGUGUUUUCUACUUUGAGCAUCAAUGGGAGAUUAUUUGCCUGUCCUCGAGAGCAGCUCAACAGUCUAACUCCUCUUCCAGACCAGGAAGGGCCCACUGCAGGCUCCAUGUCAACUUUUGAGCUGAUGAGCUCCAAGGACUUGGCUUAUCAAAUGACGAUGUUUGACUGGGAGCUCUUCAGCUGUGUUCAUGAGCAUGAGCUGCUCUACCACACGUUUGGCUGCCAAAGUUUUAAACGAACCACGGCUAAUCUAGACUUGUUCCUGAGGAGGUUCAACCAGGUCCAGCUGUGGGUCGUCACUGAAGUCUGCCUCUGCGGACAGCUCAGCAAGAGAGUCCAGCUCCUCAAGAAGUUCAUCAAGAUAGCGGCACACUGUCGAGAAUUUAAGAACCUCAAUUCAUUCUUUGCCAUCAUCAUGGGGAUGAGCAACCCUGCUGUGAGCAGACUGAGCCAGACGUGGGAGAAACUUCCCACCAAGUUUAAGAAGUUCUAUGCUGAGUUUGAGAACAUGAUGGACCCAUCAAGGAACCACCGGUCCUACCGACUUACUGUUACCAAACUGGAACCACCGAUUAUCCCCUUUGUGCCACUUCUUCUAAAAGAUAUGACAUUUACACAUGAGGGCAACAAGACAUUCAUUGACAACAUGGUCAAUUUUGAGAAAAUGCGUAUUAUAGCAAACACAAUUCGACAAGUGAGACACUGUAGAAGCCAGCCAUUCAAUCCUGACAUUUGCCAGCCGAACAAGAAUCAAGCGGAGGUCCGGGGUUACGUUAGGAAGCUCUGCGUGAUUGACAACCAGAGGGCGCUGACGCAGCUCUCCUACCGGCUGGAGCCUCGGCGGACAUGAGCUCCAGACCCUCCACCACGACGCCUUCUCUGUGAUGUUAGCAUAAAAAAAAAUAAAUCAACACAACAGUAGCAAAUCGCAGCAUUCAGUGACUUUAGUGUUAUUAUGGACUAUUAAGGACUGUGCCGUGAAAAGCCUCUUCUCCCUGAACAAACAGAAGCCGUUCAGCUGCUCUCUUGUCGCCGUGUCUCAGUCAACAGGCUGAGGGUUCAUAUCGUACUAAUUAUUACUGUUUGGGACCUGUUAGAUAGAACUGUAAUGUAUAGAACUUGAAUCAAUAUCCUGCAUGACUGAAAUCCGUAGACCUUGUGUUCUAUACAGUGGAUUUCUAUCAGAGUGUCCUGUAAUGUCGUGCUACCCCAAAUGAGCCCUAGUUUACAAUAAAGUACUGUACCUGCCUGUAGAGCAAAUCGUUCUAUCCUGAUGAUCCCACUCAUAGACGCAAAACAGGAAACCCCACAAACUGUAGUGAUCGAGACUCUUUGUUUACCCUGGUCAAUAUUAAAUCUCUUACUUUAUAAUCUAAAUAAGUCUAUAAGGACUUUUGAAAAUCUGUAGGAUUUGAUGUCCUUUAGGUAAAUAUCAGUGUCCAUUAAUUAGUUAGACACUUUAAACCUACUUAACAGAGUAUUAGUCGGAUUAAAUCCUUCAUGGUAUUACCGGCAGUGUUCAAAUGGGUCACUGUAGUAUUUAUUGUGAGUUUUAUUUGGAAUUAGGGUGCAGCCAAGCGUAUAAACCAUCCCGGAUAUGUUCUGCUGUCAGUUGCAAUGUCUUAGAUUUGGACCGACUGCAGCUACAGAGUCUAACUUACACUUUGAGGGGAAAAUCUUGUCAUCUCUACCAGUUGUGUUCAAUCCAUGUAAUUUUAUUUUUGUAUAUGUGCGUGUAGAUUUUGAGUGCGUUCUUUACAAGUGUCAUUAAUUUUGCUUUGAUCUCAGGAGCUUUUGCUGUGCUGGUGUGUGUUGAGAACUGCAGCGAGGCUGCCUUUUCCCAAAGCAGCCUCUAACUGUACUCUGUGUAGUCUGCCUUGUAAAUAAAAAUAGCUAAUUUAACAGUUCUAA